AUGGCUGGGUGGCUGGAUCGCGCUGUUGAGUUGCCGAACCUUUGGGUUCCAAAGACGCCAAAUAACCCAACCGAGGCAACUUCGCAGACGGAUUAUAUCAAAAGAAGAAUUAGUAAUCAUCAGGAAAGCUCACCAACAUCUAUUUUGGCUGCUGUAGACCAAAUUUCGAAGGGGGCAUGUGCAAUAAUGCAGAAGAUGGCCCUCUUGAAGGCUGAGAAUGAGCAACUUCGACCGGCAAAUGCAGCACUAAGCAAGCAGCGUAGAUCCAGAAAAACACGAUUACGUCAAGGCAGUAGUAUGAGCAUUGCUGAGGGUCACGCUCUACAGGACCAAAAGGAUGUUGAUCAGCAGGUACAGCAAGAAAGUCGCCAAACCAGAGGUCGGAAGCCGAGGGAUAAGACGAACGGCCGGCGAUGUGGUAGAUGCGGCAAGACCGGCCAUAAUGCGCGCACUUGCCAGAUCACUGUAGAAACAUCCAGUGAAGAGGAUAGCUACUGA